AUGAAACUUUACCCUAAAAGUGACCUUAAGAAUUCGGAUAAGACCUUCGACCUCCUUCAAGAGUCUUUUGGUGAGAAGCGUUCUGUUCCCCAGCUCUUAAAAGCCUUUUAUGACCGCCGACAGAGGGAAGGCGAAACCCUUCGUGCAUUCUCCCAAGCGCUAAGAGAACUGCAAGCUAAGAUAGAGAAGAAAAGUGUGACCAAAUCAAGUGGCCAAGACGCGGCUCUUCGAGACCACUUUGCCGAAAAUGUUAGAGAUAUCCCCUCCUUCAAAAGGAACUUAAGAAAUUUAUCAGAACACACCCGGAAGUUUCCUUUCCAGACACCAGAGAGGAAGCUAUUCGCUGGGCUGAAGAAGACGAGAAGUCCUGUUGACCACGCCAAAGGGUGGCUUCGUCGCAUGAGACCAGUACCUCCACUAAGCCCUCUUCUCUCGAAUCAGCCAUGAAUGAGAUGAUUAAAACCCUGCAAGGCCAGCAAAAGGCUAUUGAAGAUCUAGCAGCCAAUCUCAAGAAGUUGAACACAGUGUCCACCAAUAGAGGACAGAAUGUACAGCCUCAGCCCCAGUUUCAGCAGCGACAGCCCAGACCUGACGUAGGUGGUGACAGGUGUUAUCAGUGCGGAGCUCCAGGACAGUUUGCCCGAAAAUGCACAGCAAGAAGUAGACCCCCGCCCUUCCGGAACCUCACCCUCAGGCCUCCACAUGACCCGUCAAACUAGUUCCCCCCCCCCCACCUGCAGCUGAGAGGCGGGCAGCAGGAGGGAACAGUCCUGGCUCACCUUGUACCCCGCAGUUACCUGGAAUUGUCUAUGAGAGAGCAGUUGGAAGUUGUCCAGUCACUACUGUGAAGCUGGGGGUAGUACAUGUACGCUGUCUUCUUGACUCUGGAUCACAAGUCUCCACCAUCACUGAGAGUUUCUUUAAUAAGCACUUCCGCCCUAAAAGAAGCGAACUGCUUGACACGAACCAAUGGCUUACCCAUACAGCUGCUAAUGGCCUGGAAAUACCAUACAAUGGUUAGCUGGAACUAG